CAUCUUUCCCUCACUCAUAGUCACAGUUACAUUUCUUCCUCCUGCCACAUUUACUGUGAACGGAUAUUGCUUCUCACUUUUGAAUUCAACCUGAAGCUUUCACGGCGUUGAAUUAGCCAUUCGGUGUUGUCGCACAAGCAUCUGAGGCCGCCGCGGAGUGGCGUUCGUCCUAUAUCUGCUCAUCUAGCUUGGAAUCUUGGACUUCCGCCACAAUGAGUGCCAUUCUGUCAGCAGACGACUUGAAUGAUUUCAUUUCUCCGGGAGUCGCGUGCAUUAAGCCUGUGGAAACACUCCCUGUAAAGGAUGCUUCGAAAUCAGACAAUCCCUACGAGGUGACCACAGAAGACAAGGUUGAGCCUGAAAAUCUUCCUCCAGCACAGAUCUCAUUAACAGACUGCCUUGCAUGCUCUGGUUGUGUCACUUCUGCCGAGGCCGUGCUCAUUUCGUUGCAAUCGCACGCCGAAGUCCUUAAUACCCUGGAUGCGCAUCCCGAGCUCCCACUAAGCCAUGAAGAUGGAAGAUCCGCACAUGAACUCGUAACGACGAAUGAAGGUCGGGUGUUCGUCGCAAGUGUCAGUCCUCAGGUGAGGGCAAGCUUAGCAGCGACCUACGGGAUUACGGAGAAGGAAGCAACAUACUUGAUUCAUCAGUUCCUUAGUGGACCCCAGGGUUUGAAGGCAGGGGGCAAAAACGGCAGCGGUUUUACAUGGGUUGUUGAUACUAAUGUCCUGCGUGAAGCGGUGUUGGCUCUUACAGCGGACGAAGUCAGCGAGACUCUGACAUGUAAUAUGGGGUCCUCUGGUACAGACGGCGCACUUCCGAAGCGGCCUAUUCUCUCCUCCGCAUGUCCCGGCUGGAUCUGCUAUGCUGAGAAAACACAUCCAUUUAUUCUUCCUCACUUGUCUCGACUUAAGUCCCCGCAGGCGCUGGCAGGCACGUUCCUAAAGACCGUUUUAGGCAAAUCACUCGGAAUUUCAGCUUCUUGCAUUUGGCAUUUGGCCAUCAUGCCUUGCUUCGAUAAGAAACUCGAAGCCAGUCGCGAAGAGCUCACUGAUGCCUCGUGGAUGUCUGCGAAGGACGAACAUCAUACCCCCGUUCGUGACGUUGACUGUGUAAUCACUACGCGCGAGCUACUCAGUCUCGCAUCAUCCAGAGGCAUCUCUCUGCCUAACCUACCGUUAAAGCCCCUUCCUCAAUCUUUCACACCACCAUUCCCCGACAAGACUUUGAAUGGAUUCUUGUUUGCCAAAAGUUCUCCGAGACAGACCGCCGCUGCAGGUACAUCCGGAGGUUACCUUCACCACGUCCUUGAAACUUUCCAAGCACGGAAUCCAGGCAGUGAGAUCGUGACUCAACGAGGCAGAAAUGCCGAUGUAGUUGAGUACGUCCUCAUGUCGUCUGAGCGCACGCCUAUCCUGAAAGCAGCACGCUAUUACGGUUUCCGGAACAUCCAGAACCUUGUCAGGAAGCUCAAACCUGCACGGGUAUCGCGACUCCCGGGCGGUAAUCGCCGGCAGCCUGUUGGACGGGCUGCUGCGGCCGCCGGUUCUGGCACGGAUUACGCCUAUGUAGAAGUCAUGGCAUGCCCUGGAGGCUGUACAAACGGAGGGGGACAGAUCCGCAUUGAGGAUGCUCGCGAAGCUACUUCUAACACACAGCCGGGAGAAGUGCCUGACUCGUCGUCGAAACCGACACCACAUGAGCAACGCACCUGGCUUGCGCGUGUGGACGAGGCAUAUUACUCUGCGGAAUCGGAUUCCGAACAUGAAGUUGGCAACCAGUCGCAGUCUCUUUCCAUUCUGGAGAAGGAAGACAAGGUUCAUAGUGCCUUGCGCUAUUGGUCUGAUUUUAUGGGUAUUCCUCUUUCGAAGCUGGCCUAUACUACAUAUCGCGAGGUGGAGAGCGAUGUCGGCAAAAACCAGCCUGCUGUGAAUGAUACUACCCGCGUGGUCGAACUUGCCGGGAAGAUUGGGGGUGGUUGGUAGUUCACUUGCUUCUUUAACGUUAUGAUAUACCCUGUGAUAUUCUGGAUGACAUUGAGGACAUGCGUGCAUUUACUCCAUCGGGCAAAAGUCUAUGCAUGGGCUGCAUCGGAUAUAGAGAGAUACCAAGUUUUUCUUGUUGGUUCCAGCUGGUUUGCUUUAUAUAUGCUGAUCGUAUAUGGGUGUAUAUUGUUUAUAUAGAUAUUAUUCUAGCAGCUUGCAAC